AUGUCUAAAAAGGUUGAAUUAAAGUUGGAUGAAAGACUUAUUGAAUUCAAGCAAAGCUUGUAUGUCAAGAUGCUUGAACAUCUCACUGUUACCAUUCCAGCAAGAAUCGAAGAAUUUCAAAAGUUAUCUGGUCCAUACAAGGGUCAAGAAGACCUUUACAGUUUAAACAAAGAUAUAGACAUGAAAGAAAAAAAGAGAAAGACCAUGGAGAUUAGUGAAAUGGAUAGUAUACCACUUGAAGAAUUGGUUAAAACAAAUACUACCAUUUUUGAGAUUCACAGAACCUUUAAGAAACAUUACAUUGAACUUAUUGAUACAUUUUCAGUUAUUAGAUCAUGGAUCAAUUUAAAUAUUCCAAAAAUAGAGGAUGGUAAUAAUUUUGGUGUUGAUAUUCAAGAAGAUGUACUUCAACAAGUAUCCAAACUCGAAGAAGCUUACACCAGUUUACUUGAUCAAUCUGAAAAUUAUUUCCUAAAUAGAGCCAGUACUGUCAAAAAGGCCUUGAAACAUAGAGAAAUUGAUGCCUACAAAUAUGCUAUCAUCCAACAGGACGAAAAAGAGUUAAUUAGAUUCCAUUUCUCAUACUUUGAUUUAGCUUCAAACUAUGCUACCACUUAUAGUCUUAUUAUUAAAAACUUCCAAAAGGUUGAACAACCUAGACCAACUAACCAAGGAACUAAUAUUUAUUAA